AUUCAAAUAUAUAGUUUACUGCGAGAACGUGAUAAUGACACUGCGACGUCACCUGACGUUAGCCCUUUGUAUCGCUCUGUUUUGCGCGAUAGAAUGGACUUACGGUGCCAAGUUGAAGAAACAGCAGGAGACGACGAUGAUGAAGUUCGUCAAGUUACUGUUCUAUAGGCUGAUUUACGGUUUCGCCAACAUGAUCGGCUUGGGAGACGCGGCCGAAGAAUUCGGUGACGGGAUGCUGGCUCCUCCGGAUUACCGACAAGAAGACACAGAGGACGACUACUACGACGACGACAACAACGAUGAUUAUUACAGUAAUUACGAAGCAUAUUAAUGCCGAGACCGAAUAAACGAACCCACCACUAUAUAUAUAUACCUACGCUUAUUAUCACAUAUUUUAUAAAAAAUAUUAUAGUUAUAAUAAUGUGUCUGAUUAAUACUAUAAUUACCUAUACUAAACUCAUCUGUUCGCGUCGAGUUGACCCACUUUUGCGCAUGCCUUUAUACUGAGUCUACAACCGUGAAAACGACAAUGUAUAAUCUGCCGUCAUAUAUUAAGCUACUGUAAGCAGUAAAUCCAUUUUUUUUGGCGGAAUCGAUUUUUCAUUUGAUGGUGUCUAUCGAUACCUAUUUUAAUAAUAUUCUCUAUUGAUUUCUCAUUAGAAAUUCAUGCAAAAAGACAAAAGUUUACUGAGAAGGCCUURUGAUGCAGUAUAAAUGGUUUUACUGUUUCCUGAAAAACUAUGUUUUUUGGAGUUAGRUAUAUUACUUUUGAAGUGGCUUUUGACGGCUGAACAUACGCAUGUCUCUCUAUAUUGGUUCCUUGGGCGGAAAUCCAUUGAAAUUUCUGAGAUACUUAAUUUAUUUAAACACAAAUUAUACCUAAACAAAGUUUGUACAAGCAAUAUGAAAGACAGAAAUCCGGUGAGAUAAGCCUCACUUUCCAAGUUCGAAACUUGUGCCCUCGUGGUGUCGRCUCGAAUACWGAGUAAGGCUUGUCGCUAUAUAUACCAUCUAAAUUACCCAGCUUCACCCGAGUGUCAAGUGAUGAAUAUUUAUUUAUACAAAACAUUUAAUAUUUUUACUAUUUUCAAAAUUAGAUUUACGC